AUGCUUCGAAGCACGAGACCCCUUCUGAGCGUCCCGGCUCGGGGUCUCCCCAGGUCGCCGGCCUCAAUUGCCCCAUUUGCGACCUCCCAGACACGGAAACCCACGCCCAGCACACCACGGCGAGCUCAGCUCCUGGCAGCGGCGCCCUCGAGGCAGCUUGUGCCCUUUGUGCAACGGGCACAAUUCGCCGACAAGAACACACGAGACACCAAGUUCGAGAAAGAGUUGGCCCAGAAGAAGCUUGAGUCCCAUCCCGAGGAGGUCACUGAGGAGUCGAGCGUCCGGCCUUCCUACGAGGGGCCAGAGACCAAGCCCUCUGAUCCACCUACUUCUGCGGGGGUGAAGAAGGAUUUGAAUACCCUGAAGGAGACGCUGUCCCUUGGAGAAGUGCCCCCAAUAUCACUAAGAUUGGGUCUUGCCGGCACAAUCCCCUACCUUGGCACAUCUUUAGCAACGACAUUUCUCAGCUGGAACCUCAACACUGAAUGGCCGUCUCAGUCCCAAUUCGUGAAUCACUUCUUGAUGAGCCACGAGAGUGCCAACUACUACCUCCAUCUGCUUGAGCCAAUCCAGGUCGGCUAUGGAGCAGUCAUCAUCUCCUUCUUGGGCGCCAUCCACUGGGGUCUUGAGUACGCAGAAAAGCAGCCCAACGCGGCGCGUACGAAAUUCCGCUACGGCCUCGGCGUCCUGGCCCCCGUGCUCGCCUGGCCCACCAUGGUGAUGCCCGUGCAGUACGCGCUGACGGCUCAGUUCGGCGCCUUCGUCUUUAUGUACUUUGCCGACUCGCGCGCCACCACGCGCGGUUGGUGCCCGACCUGGUACAACACCUACCGUUUCGUGCUGACGGCCAUCGUGGGUGUGUCCAUCUUCAUCAGCCUCAUCGGCCGCGAGAAGAUCGGCCCCGAGGCGCCACGCCUGACCGGCCUGCGCGAGAAGUUCCACAAGCAGGGGCAUGAUGAGCUGGACAUGAAGAAGUACGAGGAGAUGGAGGCUGUCGAGCGGGAGAAGAACAGGAAGAGGAAGGCUGCCGAGGACAGGAAGAAGGCUGCCGAGGAGGAGAUUCAAAAGCUUGAGGAGGAGAAGAACAAUGCCGACAGUGACAAGAAGAAGGUUGACGAGGAGAAGCCUAAGAAGGGCAAGUCGGAAGGCAAGCAAGCUGCUGGCAAGGACAAAUCUGAGGACAAGAAGUCUGGGGACAAGAAGUCUGAGGGCGAGAAGUCUGAGGGUGAGGAAUCUGAGGGUAAGGACGAGUCCAAGGAGAAGGAUGAGUCGAAGGAUAAGGAUGAGUCUAAGGAUAAGGACGAGUCCAAGGGAAGUGAAGAGUCCGAAGACAAAGGCAAGGACGAAGGCAAGAAAGAUGAGGGCGGAGAUGACGCAAAAGAAGACGGCAAGGAGAAGAAAGAGGGAGGUGAAGACAAGAAGGACGACAAGUCCGAGUAA